UUCCAGCGGUGAAGACAUAGCGUUUUAAAAUAAUAGUGACACUUGCGCAGCAUAAAAAUUCCAAAAGUCAAAGAUGUCAUUAAAAUCAAAAUUUUUAUUAACAUUAACGGCGCUUGCGUUCUUGCUGAUAGCGCAACAAACUGAUGGAAGACCACAACCGCAAGCCGAGGCGAAUGUUGCUAACGAUGUGCUUAGUAAAUUGGAUAGUAUCUUUAAAGUCGGUCCAGGCAUGAAGGUGUUCAGUACGCGCCCAUCGAGCGUCCAUCCUAACGAGGUCACUGAUGAAGAUGAUGACGGCGCGGAUAUUAUCUGCGCAGAGCGCACUGCCGGACAGUCAUACUGCACAGAGGUGCCAAAUUAUUUGGCAUCCUCACAACUGGACAAGAUCGAUCCGCAGCAGUUUGAGCAAUUCAGCUCAUAUUUCAAAGACGAUUUCAUGCAACCUCUCAAUGUAACAAAUCGCAUGAACGAGGAAGCUGAGGAGAACUUCUGCAAUAGCAAAAGGCGCAUCAUUUAUCCGAAAAGUGUCGAAACAAAGGAAUCCAAAUGGGUUUUGGUGGUGCAGCAUGAACGGCACAGACAAGGCGUGUUGGUGGAGCAGUGCGAAAAUGAGGGCAGUUCCUGCAAAUAUGAGGAUCUAAUGCCCUUCGGCGUCUCAUCUAAAUGUAAGCAACACUAUGUCUAUCGCAGCUUAAUAGUACUGGUGAACGGUGUGUUGGUGGAGCGUAUGGUUAAAUUGCCAAAUUAUUGUGAAUGCGUUUUAAGAUUUAAUUUGAAAAGAAAAUAUUGA